AGCCGCCGCCGCCGCAGCCGCCGCUGCAGCCGCCGCGCCGCGGCUUGAGGGCGGGAGGCUGGGGGAGGGUAGCGGAGCCGGCGCUGCCGCCAUGUUGGGUCUGAGGCGGCUGCUGUAGGCGGCUGCUGUAGGCGCCUACGGAGCAAGCGGGCGUGCUGAGCGGCCACAGCGGCGCGGGAUCUGCCUCUCUGCGAGCGGCCGGGAGCGGCGGCGGCGGCGGCGCCAUGAGCGGGGGCACCCCUUACAUCGGCAGCAAGAUUAGCCUUAUCUCCAAGGCGGAGAUCCGCUACGAGGGCAUCCUCUACACUAUCGACACCGAGAACUCUACCGUAGCUCUCGCCAAAGUUCGGUCCUUUGGUACAGAAGACAGACCAACAGAUCGUCCAAUACCACCUCGAGAUGAAGUCUUUGAAUACAUUAUAUUCCGUGGGAGUGAUAUUAAAGACCUCACUGUUUGUGAGCCACCAAAACCACAAUGUUCUUUGCCUCAGGACCCAGCUAUCGUUCAGUCUUCACUAGGCUCAUCUACUUCUUCAUUCCAGUCAGUGGGCUCCUAUGGACCUUUCGGCAGGAUGCCAACGUACAGUCAAUUCAGUCCAAGUUCAUUAGUCGGGCAGCAGUUUGGGGCUGUUGGUGUUGCUGGAAGCUCCUUGACAUCCUUUGGAACAGAACCAUCAAACAGCGGUACCCUGUCCCAAAGUAGUGCAGUUGGUUCUGCCUUUACACAGGAUACAAGAUCUCUAAAAACACAGUUAUCUCAAGGUCGUUCAAGCCCUCAGUUAGACCCUUUGAGAAAAAGCCCAACCAUGGAACAAGCAGUGCAGACAGCCUCGGCCCACUUACCUGCUCCAGCACCUGUUGGGAGAAGGAGCCCUGUAUCAUCAACCAGGCCUUUACCAUCAACCAACCAAAAAGCAAUAGAGAAUCAAGAGCACAGGCGAGCUGAAGUACACAAGGUUUCAAGACCAGAAAAUGAGCAACUCAGAAAUGAUAGCAAGAGACAAAUCGUUCCAGGUGCUCCUUCAGCUCCAAGGAGAGGGCGUGGGGGUCAUCGAGGUGGCAGGGGAAGAUUUGGUAUUCGACGAGAUGGUCCAAUGAAAUUUGAGAAAGACUUUGACUUUGAAAGUGCAAAUGCACAAUUUAACAAGGAGGAAAUCGACAGAGAGUUUCAUAAUAAACUUAAAUUGAAAGAAGAUAAACUUGAGAAACAGGAGAAGCCUGUAAAUGGUGAAGAUAAAGGAGACUCAGGAGUUGACACCCAAAACAGUGAAGGAAAUGCAGAUGAAGAAGAUCCACUUGGACCUAACUGCUAUUAUGACAAAACUAAAUCUUUCUUUGAUAAUAUUUCUUGUGAUGAUAACAGAGAACGGAGACCAACCUGGGCUGAAGAAAGAAGAUUAAAUGCAGAAACAUUUGGAAUCCCACUUCGUCCAAACCGUGGCCGUGGAGGGUACAGAGGCAGGGGAGGUCUUGGUUUCCGUGGUGGCCGAGGACGUGGUAGCGGCCGAGGUGGUAACUUUGCCACUCCUCGAGGAUUUCGUGGUGGAUUCAGAGGAGGUCGUGGGGGCAGGGAGUUUGCAGAUUUCGAAUAUAGGGCAUAUCAGCUACCUGUUGAAGAACGUGUGGCAACUCCUGUUGAAGACCACAUUGAGUCAGCUUGGUUUGAGAAAAAAAAGACAACAAAGUUGCUGCAUAGUCUGCAAACAAGUCUUUGAAAAUAGAUGGAUUUUUAGCUCUUCGUGGUCCUGAGAAUUGGUUUCAGUCUUUGAGAAGAAUGAAAAAGUGAAUUUGCUGUAUAUUUGUCACCAGCACUGGGUUUUUGUUUGUUUGUUUGUUUGUUUUUCUGCUUAAUUUCAAAGAUACAAUACAGUUAAUUUUGGGGGUGGGAGGGAAGGCUCAUCUUAAUAAAUGAGCAUUAAAUAUAUUUGGAAUAGCAGAAGGUUAAGUAAUUUCUUAUGUAUAGUUAAACUAAAGCAGUACUCCAGUGGAACUUAUAAGUAUUUUUUCAUCACUGAAAGGAUUUUUCUUAUCACUAAAUUGUAUUUGGCAAUUAUUGUGAGUUGCCUGCAGAUAGGGCCGUGUUACUGUUUUGAGCCACAGAAGGAAGGGUCUGUGUGUCUAUGUGUCUGUGUGUCUGUCUAUAUCUUUCUUUUUCUUUCUUUCUUUCUUUCUUUUUUUGGAAAUCCUGUAAUAACCCUUCUGAGGUAGCUUAUUUCGUCAAUUAAUUAGGGUGCUGGAUGGUAGAGAAUUUUGUCAGUCAACUAUGUACACACAGUAAAUACUGUUUCUUAGGCAAAGGUAACUUUUUUAUAUAGUUGUAAAAUUCCAUUAUAUUCCAUUGCCAAAGAAACAUUAAGAACUUUGUAUAGCUGUAUAAAAAGCAACUAAUUUUUUAAAGAAUAAACAUUUUAAAGUCAGCAAACAUACUGUGUCCUUGCAGAAGUUGAUGUGCUGAGGAGCAGAAGUAUGGGUGGGUCUUUUUUUCAUAGCUUUUCAGGCUUAAGAUUGUUGAUUUUGAUUUUUUUUUUUAAAUGUUUGGAACGUAAAUGAAGAUUUGAUACAUUCUUUCAUUAUCUAAAAAGGGUAAAUUACUUAUGCUCAUUGUAAGAACUUUAUUUUGUAGCAAAUGGCAUAUCACAGGAUUUAUCCACAUAAUAGAUAUUUUCAGUAUACAAAUGUAAAUAAUCAUAGAUAAGAAUGUACUUAGCUGUAUUUUCAAAUAAGUAACCCCCCCCCUUUUUUAAGACAAUAAAACUAGGUGUCAAUUAACCUGUUCUUCCUGAUAUGCCUGGAGUUUUGUUGUGAUACCUUGACUCUUUCCAUUAUAUUUCAAGAUGAUUCAGAGUGUUAGAAAUUAUUUUGGCAACCUAUAAGAUAUCAUAACACUGGUCCUUAGGCCUGUGACCCACAAAUGACUCAGUAUAGAGUUAAUUGCUAAAAUUAUUAGUAAAUCUUUUUGAUAUUUUAAGCUAUAGUGGAAAAAAAAUCUGGCCACUUUGUGUUUUUAUGAAGGCCGUGGAAUAAAGGGAUCCAAAGAUUAAA